CUGGGGUGUCGGCGAAUGGCGGUGCGCCUGCGCCGUUGGCCUGUGUUGCGGGAGGGAGGGGCUCCGCUCCGCUCGGCAGCACAGCGGAAGAAAAUGGCGGCCGUGGCUGCAGAGCCAGGAGCUGCGGCGGUUCCGACAACAACAGCGACCGACGAGGGCCCGCCAGUGCAGGGCCCGGCGGGACCGGGUCUCCCGGGAGCCCGAUCGGAGUGCGAGGGACCGCAGGAGACCGGGCCGGCAUUGGACCUAGGCGCGAUGCGGGCGGAGGACGGAGGGGACGCGGAGGGCCGCCAUGUCAGGCCGGAGCUGGAGCCCGCGGCGGGAAACGCGCAUCCGGAGAGCGACGAAGCUAGCGGCUCCGGGCCGCCGGAGCGGGUCAACGCGGACCGCUUCUCCCCCGGACUGCCCGCGGACCCGGAGGGCGGCGGAGACGUGUCUGCGCAGGAGGCGUACCGCGGCCCGGACCCGCAGCCCUCUGCCGUGUUCUUGCACUCAUUCCCGGCCGCGCCGCCCGUCACCGAGGCCGGCUUGUCUCUGGCCGAACCUGCCGAACCCACCACCAACGAGACCACGGACCGAGCCGAGACCGCGGGCCGGGAACGGGGUUACACGAGCCUGGAGCAGGCGGAGCGGAGGCCCGCGACGGACACUGUGCUGGACGGGACGGCGGACGGUCCGGACCCGGACCCAGCGGGGCCCGAGGAGCCGGCUGCCCGAGGCCCGAGGGAUUCCUCCCCGCCCUGCCGCUCACCGAAACGGCGGCUGCUGACCGAGCCUGCCGCCGAGGAUCGAGCCGCAGCUGACUCUGUGCUGGACCUCAGUCUCGGGUCCGAGGUUCGUGUCUGCCUGGACCACGUCAUCGAUGACGCGCUGGUGGUGUCUUUCCGGCUGGGAGAGAAGGUGUUCUCCGGGGUCCUGAUGGACGUUUCAAAAAGGUUCGGUCCGUACGGGAUUCCCAUCACCGUGUUCCCACGCCGGGACGACCGGAGUCGACCUCCCACGUCUCUCCAGCAGCCGCUGCCGGUUAGCGACGACUUUCCGCCCAUCAAAAAGGAAGAGAACGCUGCUCCGCCCCCUCCUCAGGACUGCACCUCUAAACCGCCACCGCUGUUUCAGGAGGGGGCACCGUACCCGCCUCCUUUGUUCAUCAGGGACACCUACAACCAGGCCUUACCUCAGCCGCCGCCGCGCAAGAUUAAACGGCCAAAGAGGCGCUACCGCUGCGAAGAGCCCACUUCCAUCAUGAACGCCAUCAAGCUCCGCCCCCGACAGGUACUCUGCGACAAAUGCAAAGGGGUGGUGGCGUCAGGCGGGCACCGGGAGACGCGGCGGGGGCCAGUGGACCUGAGGGGCGACGAGACUUCGCGGCGGCGGAAGGUAGCAGAAGGACCGAUCUCUGCCGAGGUCAAGCGUCUGAGGAGCGACGACAAAGGACGGCCCCCGGCCGCCGACCGGCGCUCGUCAUCAGGGAUACGUGUGUCAUCUUCGUCACCAUCCUCUUCCCGCCGCGUGUUGAGGGGAGUGGCCUCAUCCUCAUCCUCGGCGACCUCGAGCCGCAUGCGCCUGAAGCUGAACUCCAAAGGGUCAGCUGACCGCUCCAAGGCGCGGCAGGUGCUCAAGACGUUGGUGAGGAGCUCGCAAACGCCGCCGCCGCGCCGGCACAAAGACCAGGACCAGGACCGCCCCAAGGCCGUGACCCGAGCCGCCACCCUGCAGAACCACAACCAGAAGGUCCACUUCACCCGGCGCCUGCAGCACCUCAGCGCCGCCGCCAGCACGCCGCUUCCGCCCAGAAUGCGCCUCAAACCCCAAAGGUAUCGUACCGACGACAGCCAGGCACAGAGCUCCUCCUCCUCCUCGUCCCCGCCCAAACUCAGCGCUCGCUCAUCACCUCCCAAACCAGAACUAAGCCCCGCCUCAACACCCAACCCAUCCGCAGCCACGCCCCCACUUCAAGUAACUGCUCCUCCCCCAACGCCAUCCUGUAUGGGAAGCGUUGCCGCGGAGAUGCAGGCAGCGUCUGAGGGGAGAGUAGGAGGUCCUCCCUCCUCCUCCUCUCUAGACUCCACCCCCUCAGAGUGUAGCUCCACAGACAACUUUGAACUCCCCCCACCCGGAGACCCUCCCUCCUCCUCCUCUCCCUCCCAUAACUCCGCCUCCUCAGCUCCACGGUGCCCCCCCUCCUCGCCGCCCGCUGGCCCUCCCCUCAGAGCUAAUGGUGAGGAAGUGCAGUGUGGCGUUGGGGAGGAGGGCAGCGACCUGAAGAGGCGCCGUAAGUCUUCCACGUCGUCUUCCUCCUCCUCCUCGUCAUCGUCAUCCUCCGUCUUCUCCAAGGCCGUUUCAAAAUGUCCGCUCCCGGACGGCCGCACCGUGUGCGUCGGCGAUAUUGUGUGGGCGAAGAUCUACGGCUUCCCGUGGUGGCCGGCGCGCGUGCUCGGCAUUACGGUGGCGCGGCGCGGCGAUACGGGGCUGGCGGUGCAGCAGGAGGCGCGUGUGUCGUGGUUCGGCUCGCCCACCACGUCCUUCCUGCCGCUCGCGCAGCUGUCGCCCUUCCUGGAGACGUUCCAGUCGCGUUUCGACAGGAAGCGGAAGGGCCCGUACCGCCGCGCCAUCGCCGAGGCCGCCAGCGCCGCCAAGCAGCUCACACCGGAGGUGCGGGCGCUGCUUACGCAGUUUGAGACGUAGCAUCGGCCGCCGCCCACUCGCCCCAUCCUCACUGCCCACCCCUUUCAGACAGGCCCCGCCCUUUCAGAGGAGGUGGGAGGAGCUAAAAAAGACUGAUGGACAAUGAUGAGUGUGUUUCACGUUUAUGAGGGGAUCUGUCAGGGGCGGGGCUAUCUUCAGUCACUGGCGGCGUUUCAGUUUUCCGCACCGUGGGAAAUGUUUUGUAGAUAAUUGAGCCUGAUUGGCUGACAGAGCGAUGAUGUCACAGUAUUAAUAAACACUAAUUAAGCUCCUCGUAGUGAUUGACUGAUCUGAGUGGCUGGCGGUGUGAUGUCACUUCCUGUUGAUAAAACAGACUGAAAACUUGUUUUUUUUCCUAGAAACUUCGUUUCCGUUCAGAAUUGAAUAAACUGUGAACAAAGCGAGGUCCAACCCGCGGCCCGGGGCCCCGACGUGGCCGUGCUGAGCCGCUGUCAGGACGUUCGAGGCCCCGGGCUGCUCGGGCGGCCCGACGCUCUCUGAUGAUGAUGAUGGUGAUGAAGGUUCUCUGCUGUCAGACUGUUUACCGUCUGUUUGCAGAUCAGAGAGUCCUGCUGGACAAAGUAACGGGAACAGUGUGUACAUGUGUUGCUUCCUGUUUGAAUCUGAAUAAACGCUCAAACUUCUCUGA